AAAAGCAUACACCAAAACACAACAAAUUGUGAUGACCACAUCCACAAGCGUGCCUUUGUAGUAUUGCACACGCAUCAGUCGGUCAACGUGGGGGGAGAAGAUUGAGAGCAGUGAAUUGAAUUGAUCAGUUGUUUGGCAGAAGAGGCUACCCGGCCGCGUGUCUUAAUUUGGCUGCCAAAAUAUUGAAGGAACUGCGCUUGCUAGUUAUGAACAUUAAUCGAUCGAUCGAUCAUGACUGCUGCUUUGUAUUGUAGGCUGUAACUAGCAGGGUUAAUUAACUCUCUAGUCCUUCUGAAAUACGUCCGAUUGAUGGGUCUAACUUUGUCCGAUCACCACGCAGAUAGCUAGAAUAAUGCUGUGGAGAUGAAUCCGGCCAGUACUAACUAAUUACUCUUCAUCUAUAUUUAAUUAUUGUAUUCUUUUGUAAAGGGUUUUGGUGCCGUCGAUCGUCUCCAUCCAUGCACCGCUCCAAGUCUGUCGCCAUGUGAAACACACCGGCCGGCAGAGGGACCAGCAGCAAGAAUUAAACUCGAGUGGCCGGAUUUUUGCAUAGUUACAUAGGAUAUAAUGAGGCUCGUUUCGUUUGGUAAUGAGAUCUUCGUUUAGGUAAAUUGGUUUGUUGUGUCUGUGGGGUUGGGGGCGUUUGGCCCUCUCUCUCUCUCUCUAUCAUCAUCAUUAUUGGUUCAAAAUUUCAUUAAUGGAGUAGCUCAACAUUAAAUUGGGGAUCGGUGACGGUCUUUGGAAUUUUCUUAAUUAUUACAGUACAGAUGCCACCACCACAACCACAAACUUCUCUAUAAUCCACCUCCAUUUCCUGCCUUGUUUCUGUCUUUCUCAACCAUUUAUUGUAAUGGGGCCUAUCCUUUUUCUGUCUUCUUUUUUUGUUUGAAAAAAUGACAAGUAUUGUGCCCAACCACAUACUUAUAUCAACUUAGAUGGCUUUGUAACCUUAAAUAGUUAAAGUACAUACAACGUAACUACUAUCUGAGUUAACUAACUCAAGGUAAUAGUUGAAGUAUUUAGGGGUCGUUUGCUUCAAGGAUUUGGUACAUGGAUUUGGUACUAAAAAACCAACUAUCAAGGAUUAGGUACAAUCCGUUGUUUGCUUGCACAUUUUUUGGAGACCAAAUCCGUGGGGCCCACGGAUUUUAAUGGUCCAAAUCCGUGGACCCCACGGACUUAUAAAUCCCACAUGUUGAUGUGGGAUUUGGAAUAUGGCAUAAAUCCUUGAUGAGAUUUUACCCAUAUACCCUCAUGCACUUUUAAUAUUCCAAGGUUGCCCUCAAAUUUUAAUAUUAUACAUUAUAAUUAAAAAUAAAUGAAUAAUAUAAACGUUCAAUUAAUGUGCAAACAUGAGUUAGAUUUUUUAUAUAAUUUCUUGUGUUCUAGUUUUCUUUGACCUUUUCAUGGAACGUGUAAUUCUUUGUUCUCCCGAUUCUUAUAUAUGUUGUUAUAUGUCACUUUUGAAAAGGAGGACAAAGAAUUGGUAAUUGAUUAUGUUACGUUAAAAGUUAAAACGAAAUUUUCUCGUUUAUUAUUAUUGUCCAUGUGGCAACAUUAUGCUUAUUAGUAUGUAUUGUCCUUGUUUUGUGUACAUAUCAUAAACAUGUCAAACAUAUAGAAAAUGAUAGUAAGGUAAUUUUGAAGUUUUGUCCUUGUUUUGUGUACAUAUCAUAAACAUGUCAAACGUAUAGAAAAGGGCAGUAAUGUAAUUUUUGAAUUCAAGUAGUAAAUCCCACACCUUUAAAUUCAUGAUAAAAACAUCCCAACAAACAAAGGAUUGUUACAAAUCCAUGAUGCUUCAAAUCCUUGAUGAAUCCUUGGGUUUUUAAAUUACAAAACCCUCAUUUUUAAAUCCAUGAAACAAACGACCCCUUAAUUUUGACCCUACUAACAAAAGUGUGCAGAGGAGCUGGAUUUCUACCAUCAAACCAUAUCCAAGGUCGUCACAUGAUGACAUGGGAGUUUGAAUGAAGUGUUUGGCUAUAACUGAAUUAUUCAACAUAAUAACCCUCACAUUUUUUUUGAGUAAUCUUGAGUUUAGUUUUCGCACAAUUUUAACUAGUUAUGUAUAUGUGGAACCAUCUCACAGUUUAUAACAAAAGUUUUGUCAUUAGAUUUCUCCGACUAAACUAUAAUAAGAGUCGCAUAGCAUUUGAAAGUUUUCAAUAAGUUGCUUUAUUAUAAAUAAAUCAAUGUACAUAAUAAUCUUUCGGGUGUGCCUAUGGUGACUUGCAAAUCAUCGUGACUUGGAGAAAACAAUCGACCUGAAAGGAAUCACGGUCAUCAAUAUGUCCAUUCUAAUGGAAAAUUACGGUCACCAUUUACCUACAUUGGCCGACCGGGACUCACUAACAGAAAGAUCAUUCUAGCAAAGAGGUAAACCAUAUCAGCAAAGAGGUAGACCAUUCUGUCCAAAGAGGUCGGCCAUAUUAGUGAAGAGGUCUAUCGAUAUUCUGAGAAGCAAAUCAAAACAUCAAAUUAAACAGUGGAAAUAAUUAUAUGAACCAAGAGGUUGAUCGGCCACUCAAAGUAGAGAUCAACCAAUUGAGGAUACACACCUUGAACCAACGUUGUUGACCGUGUGCUCUAAAGAGGUCGAUCGGCCUAACACUGUGGUUGACAUGUCAACAUACAUGUACUACACAAUCACCUAUUUUCUUCUUCACCAAACUCUAAACCUAUAAGAAUAUGAUUAUUAGAGUGUUUGAAUGAUAAAUCUAGAACCUAGCUGUAUUCUUAUUUAUAGACGCUUGUGCUCAAAUUAGAUCGGAUUUAAUGGUAGGAAAGUUCAUUUUACUACGAAUAUCUUACUAGUGUUGGACUUGCAAAUCACCAUAACAAAGUCAUUUUCAAACAUAGAUAAGGUGUUCCAGCGAUCGACCGUUUGUUGAACAUAACAAAAUGAAAAAUAGUACAUAUGGACAUGGUCUACCAUUUUAAAAAAGAGGUCGACCAUUUUGUACAAAUCACCAUAGCAAAGUCGUAAUCUUCCUUAUCUCGGGUAAACUUGAUUCAUGUAAAUUUCCAACUUGCAGGAUGAUGGAACACCCUCUCAGCUUUAUUGGAAAAUUUUGUUUCCUGUUUAAAUUAGCUUAAGCUAUUUUUAAAAAAUAUCAAUCAAUAAAAUUCUUUGUGGGCCGAAGCGCUAACUUCAUUCUGCCCAUUAACGCUAAACUAAGUGAGUCCACUGGGCUCCCGCGAAUUACUAAAAUGCGCGAGCCCACAAUGUAAUACAGGGGCUUGGUGCACUUGCCGUCGUCUACAACUACUCGUCGCCCGCCGGAGCUCUCCGAGGUUUAAACCCUCUUGACCUAAAACACAAAACAGCUCCACCCGCCAUUUUCUCUUCCUGCAAAGUAGUUACCAGCCGUACGAAUGGGGAGGAAGAAGCCGCUGAAGAUAGCUCUGCCACCGGCGCUCCCACCGGAGGUACCGGACGAGGAUAUCGAAGUCUCCGACGAGGACUUGGAAUUCGUCAACGAGAAUGUUGAUUUCGCCGGGUUCCUCUCAACCUUGGACACCCAUACCAUCGACAAGCAUGUGAACCGCGUGGCCGACGCGAAGAAAGUCGGAGAAGACGCACUGGAGGCUGCCUACGAGAAGCGUCUGCAGAAGAACAAGAAGAAGAAGGAUACUGAGGAGGAAGAGAAGAGAGUCGAGGUCGAACGCGUUGAUGCGCUUCCGGUCAAGUCCUUGGACGGAAAGCUCUAUUAUAGAACUUUGUCUGAGAAGAAGGCUGAUGGUGGAGAGCUCGUGGAUGGAGCUGGCGAUGAUCAGAAGGAUAUUGGAUUGGUGAGGUUGACGAAGGCUGAAAAGAGGGCCAAGCUGAAGAAGAGUAAGAAAGAGGCCAAGAGGCUCGAUAAUGAAGCUGGAGGGGAGAAAGGAGAUGAAGCUCCACAGGCUGCUGUGCUGGCAUUGAUUCAGAAGGAUCUGUCAGCUGAAGAAAUCUUCGAAAGUAAAAAACAGAAACUCGCAGAGCUGGGGCUUGCAUUGCAGGCUGAUCCUGAGGCUAAUAUAAAGUCUUUGAAAGAAAUGAUUCAACUCUGCAAAGACCCUAAUCCGAUCAUUGUGAAACUUAGUUUGUUGUCGUUGCUGGCUGUUUACAAAAGUAUAAUACCUGGGUACCGGAUAAGGCUUCCCACUGAGAAGGAGCUUGAAAUGAAAGUUUCCAAGGACGUGAAGAAGAUGCGAUUCUAUGAGUCAACACUGUUGUCCACAUAUAAGGGAUAUCUGCAGCGGCUGGUGACACUUGAGCAGGACCCCAAAUUUCAGCAUGUUGCUGUUCGUUGUAUCUGUGCUUUGCUAGAUGCAGCUCCUCACUUCAACUUCUGGCAGAGCUUGUUGAGUGCUGUGGUAUCUAGUAUAAGUUCUAUGGAUGACGUUAUAAGAAAAGUUAGUUGUGAUACCAUCAAGUCACUUUUUAUGAAUGAGGGAAAGCAUGGGGGUGAAGCCACUAUAGAAGCUGUUCGGAUGAUUGCUGAUCGCGUUAAAGCACUGAACUGCCAAAUGCAUCCUGAUUCUAUUGAGGUAUUCAUGUCAUUGUCAUUCGACGAAGAUCUUGUGAAGCCUGAUAAAGUUGACGAGGACAAGAAGAAACCCAAGUACAAUAAGAAUAACAAAAGAAAAAACGCCGAGGACCCAACCCAGGUGCUACAAAAUGACAAGAAAAGAAGCAGAAAAGAAAUGGUGUCAAAGAUGAGAGAAGAGGUUGCUGCAGAUUUUAAGGCUGCAGCCUUCACACCAGAUUUUGCUGAGAAGAAGAAAAUGCAAUCAGAGACCCUCUCUGCUGUCUUUGAGACAUACUUCCGGGUCUUAAAACAUACAAUGCACUCAACUACAACCAGUUCUGAAGUGAAUGGAAAUUCUAUCAGUGCACAUGAUCCCCACCCGCUACUUUCUCCUUGCCUCAAUGGACUCGGAAAGUAUUCACAUCUUAUCGAUCUAGACUACAUCGGAGACCUCAUGAAUUAUCUGAAAAGGCUUGCUGGGGCCACCAAUGGGCUGAUUAUCUCUGAACGCCUUCGAUGUUGCAUAAUCGCAUUCCGGGUGAUGAGGAGCAACCUCGAUGCUUUGAACGUUGAUUUGCAAGGCUUCUUUGUGCAGCUUUAUAAUCUCUUACUCGAGUAUAGGCCUGGAAGGGAUCAUGGAGAGGUAUUAGCUGAAGCAUUCAAGAUCAUGCUGUGCGACGAUAGACAUCAUGACAUGCAGAAGGCUGCUGCAUUCGUCAAACGUUUGGCCACGUUCUCCCUAUGUUUUGGAUCAGCUGAGUCGAUGGCUGCUUUGGUGACUGUGAGGCAUCUACUUCUGAAGAACGUAAAGUGUCGUAACCUGUUGGAAAACGAUGCUGGAGGAGGAUCAGUCUCUGGAAUAGUAGCGAGGUAUCAGCCUGAUGCAACGGAUCCCAACUUAAGUGGUGCACUUGCUUCAGUGCUAUGGGAACUCAAUCUCCUCUCGAGACACUACCACCCAACAAUCUCCUCAAUUGCUUCGGGGAUUGCAAAUAUGAGCGCCGCUCCAGGCCAAGCAAUUCUCCGGAUCAAUUCUCCUCAACAAGCAUAUCGAGACCUAUCGCUGGAGAAGGAGGCGUUCGACCUGCAACAGGAUGUGGUGAAAUCCAGCAACAAGAGGAAGAAGUCCCUUCCCAACGGAGCUUCUGCCAGUACUAGUCUCGAGACUGACAUAGCUAUGUCGGAUUCAGUUGACGAAGAAGAGUUGAGUAGGAAAUUCUGUGAGCAUUUCCGGGUUCUUGAAGAGAUGAAGGAGAAUGAGAGAGCGAGGGAGGAGUUGGCUCGGACUAAGGUGGCCCUACAAGUGUAUGAAGAGUAUAAGCAGCGGCGCAAGAACAAAAGUAAGAAACAGCUAAAAACAGUAGUGGCACAGUAAACUCGGUGGGCGUGGGCGAUGUCAUCGUCGAUGAAUGAUCCCUUGUGGAUUGUGGACAAGUUUUGUUUCCCAUGAAUUAUGGUUUUGUUGUACAAGUAAACUGUAAACAUGGUAAAGCAUGUUUGCGACAAAGAUCACAAAGCCGGCGGGCAAAUCCGAGAUUGACAUUAUCAUUAGUAAUGUUAUCGGCCGAACAAAAGAUGGUAUAGACUAAAUAGUUAUGAUUUAUGAUGUGAUAGAGAUGGAGGAUGGUAUAUAGCAGUAGUAGACCUGCUGUGCUGCAUAUGAAUCAUGUGAGGAGGGAGGGAAAGACAGGAAUGAAUGAGUGGGAAGGGAAUAUAUAAGAGGAAUGCAUAUGCAUGUGGCCUUUGAGCUGAAACAUGGGAAUGCUCGAAGCCCCUAACCAGCAGAUUGGAGAAUUUUCUUUUCUUCCUCCCAUAAAAAACUAAUUAAAAAACCCCAGAAGAUAAAAACAAAUCAAAAGAGAAAAAAGCCAGUGAGGUGUUGGCUGUAGAAUAUCCUUCCUAACUAAGAUUAAGCAGAGAGAGAGAAGGGAAUGUUGAUUGAUUAACUAGCUUCCUUCAUCAUAUGAUCCUUAAUUAAUGAGGGUUCUCUCCUCUCCUCUCCUCUUUGAAUGCUGGUGGGUGCUGGCUUAGCCAUGCAUGUGAUGCGAGAGGAUAUAUCUUCUUCCAAGCUUUUACUUCACAUGCAUGUUAAUCUUAGUGGAUUGGAUUGGGCCCAAUAAUGACCAUCAAACAACUAAUACUCUACAGAACUUGGCAGCAUAUAUAGUUUUAAGGAUGGUUCCUUAAUUAGCUUCCUGGUGAACUUGAUCCAGCCUCUACCUGACAGAUUGGCUGACCGACUGACUUUCAAGGUCAACCUCCACCGUCGACGAUUCUGCUGCUACUGCCUCCACGAGAGAGAGAGGGUUAGUUGGGGAUGGUGAGAUUUGAUCGUUGGGGUUUGUUAACGUGGGAAUCAACUCAACGUGAUGAGCACAACCUCGGCUUUAACUCGAUCGUAUCCCAAAUGCUUAGUUAUACCAUGUGAUGUGGCCUCGUACUACUUGUGCCGCAAAUCGUGGGGAAAUCAGUGGAAACACACAAACUCACCCAUUCUCAUGCUUGCUCUUUUCCUUGUCUUGUCUCCCCAUUUUUCACUUUUUACCCUUUUAAGGCCAUCGACAAGAGAGAAAUGAAUCCAGUUUAUUUAUUUAUGGGCUUGCGUACUUGUGUAUAUCUACGUACUAACCUACACGUACGCCCAUCUUUGUUUCUACCGAGUGAGGAAAAAGGACUAGUGCACACGCCAUGGUCGACUUCCCACUCAAUAUUUCAGUUGGACUUAGGAUGUGUGGUGUGGGUUUCGAUUCAAUUAUAUUAUGUUUUUUUUUUUAAAUUGAAGUGAUGUGUUUGUUUUUAGUUAGGUCUUAUUUUAUUGGAACAAACCCUUUGUUCACUAUCACAUUUAUUUAUUUCAAAAGCUCAUAUUUUUAUUGGUAAAAACAAUGCGUUAUGUGAAAAUUUUUCAUACUUAAUCAUAUUUGUAGGACGUGAAAAUUUCACACCACCACCUUAUUUCAUUUGGAAAUUGUAUUGUGACCCGGUCCGUUAGAGAAUAAUAUAAGAUGUAGUAUAACCUUCUCUCAUCAACUCGAAUUAUUGGUACCAAUCAGUUUAUGACAUGACAUCAGAGCUAGUUUGGCCAAGUGGUUGAUAGCCUACCAUCUUACCAUUUUGUCAAUGUUUGUAUUAAAAUACGAUUCAUAUAUUAUAAAGUGAAUCAAAUAUUAAAAAGACUACAACCCGCCUUAAAUUACACAUAGCUGAACAAUUACUGAAUUACCUAUUGAUCAACCUCUAAUAUGAAUUUAUCAAUUAUUUAUCAUAUUCCCAUGGCGAGUAGAUUCUCAUCCUUAAUUUUUUAUUUUUUUUUUAUGAUUACGCUAUAUAGAUAGAUAGUUGCCUUUUAUUUUCUUAAUGUGGUAGCAUUGUUUUACGGGAGGUGUAGUGAUAGGCAAACAUUUCAUCUUCACUUCACUAUUUUCCACGCGUCCACCUACAUCCGAUAUGUGCAAGUCAAACCCUAGUAUUAAUUAGUAUAUUGGAAGAAACGUACGAUCGAGAUUCCAGAACCCCCACUUUACUUGGUAAAUACAUUAACGUACAGUUUGAUUAAUUAACUAAUAUAAUCUAAGUAAUUCAUAUACAAAUUAUAUUGUACAUAUUGACCAGUGUCCCAAAUAAUGUUGGACUUCCCUUAUUUUGCAUCCAUAUUAAUCCCCUGAAACCGCAUAUCCUUUUAGUUUAUGCUUUAUAUUUGUUGCGAUAUUGGACAAUCUCAUAGUAUACUAAUUAGUAUGUUAGUUGAUUUUCAUCGUCCUCUAAUCACAAGGUUAGAGUCCUCCAAUAACAAAGACGGUAGCUAGAGGUUUAAUUCGGUCUUAUAAGAACUGAACUAACUCUAUUAUCAAUCAUUUAUAUGAUACAUCCGUGACAUUAUGAAUUAACCAAAGAGAUUUCAACUAUAUAUAAGAAUUCUUAGUAAAACACUUACAUUAGAAGUCAGAAGCAUAUUGCAAUAGUCUGUGUUACACAUUGAAUAAUACAACUACGUACUACCCUUUAUCAAAAAAUUAUCGUUCCUAUUAAUUAUCAUGAUAUUGAAAAAUGAACAUUACAUAAAAUUAUUAAAUACCCAAAUACCAAUCAACAUUCUCCGUCUUCCUCUUUUCCGUUUCUUAAGGAUCAAGAUAUAGAAAUCCAACCCAUGAAAAUUCCCUAAUACCAAUUAUUUCAAAAUUCGAUCUUCAAAUGUAGGAGACGUGUUAACUAAAGAACCCAUUGAAAUUAUUGAUUUUAGAAGGAAAGAAAAACAUUAUCGUAUCAUAUUUUACACUUGAAUGCCAAAUCAUAUAGUUACCAAUAAUUGAAUCUUAUAACUAGAAAAUCAUAAGCAAUAAUAAUAAGACAGUGUGUAUAUCUCUGUCACAGUGUGAAACUAUGACUGGCCAUGUAUAUGAUCACAUAUUCAUAUUAUCAAGUCUUGCGUCAACACAUUGUGUUAGGAAUUAUAUUGAUCGUAUUGAAUUUCCAACCCAAUUUCUUGACUAUACCUACAAUUUGCCUUAUUAUUGUAAUAACCUUGGAAUAAUUAACAUAACUAAUGAUUGAUACUCUAAUAUACUUAAUUGCCUUCAAUUAAUUGAAUAAAUCUGUGGGUUAGCUAGCUCGUUAUCAUGUGUUCACAUAGGCUAAGCUUAGCUAGCUAGUUUCGCAGAUCUAAUCAUUUAGGGUGUCAUGUGACACCACAUUUAUUUAUAUGUAUAUUCUAUAUGUAUUUUUCUGUGGAAAUUUCUGUGCUGAUUCUAGGCACACUUGAUGGAGCCUUUUUCUUUAUUGUCUAGUGUUCGUUUUCUAAUACAAUUACGAGAGUAACUGAAAAACUAAUUGAAAUUCAAUCUUCAUUUUCAAAUAAACAGAACCUACCAUGAUCAUAACGAUACAUCAAUCACUUGAAUAAUUAGAUUGCAAUUAAGAAGGAAAGGAAAGAAGAGAAAUCGAAUCAUUCAAUAUUCAAAAUGUGCGCAGUUAAAAAAAAAGAUAUAUAUAUAUAUAUAUAUAAACCUAACUAUUGUUUAAUCAUAAACAUGUAACCCAUCAGAAAAAGGACAAAGGAGGAACGAUCGAUAUACGAGUUACUAGGUUCAACCACUAAUGAUUUUGCAUCCACAAAAGCGAUAGUUUCCUACAGUUAGUGGCUACAGUACUACUCCAUUACACGCAUAUACAUAUAGUUCCCUUAAAUCGAUCGAGAAUCACAUACCCAAACCCAACUAACACAAAAUUGGCGGACUAGGGUAGUAAAUGAGCCCUUACUCUUAGCACAGUUGGGCUACUAGCACACACAACUACAGGCUAUACAAUUGUGGAUAAAUAUCCAUCAAUAUAUACAACCAUGUUUAGUAUAAAUAACACAUCCUUUGAUUCCUUAUAAUACAUAAUCUCAAAUCACUGAUAUGGGAAACUAAAAAAAAAAAACAAUGGAUGAUGAUUGUGGAAGUGUACGUGUCAGAUGGAUUUGAUUAAUGAGACCGUCCAUACACAUACAUUAUUAUUGUGGGUAGGUCCAUUUAUAUAUAAUCUUAAUUAGUUGGGAUUAUCGGGUUGAUUAUCCUAUCUAUCAAGCUAGCCCGUGUAUUAGCCAGAAACGUCAGUUCAGGCACAUCAAGUUGUGGUUGCCACUUAGCUAAUUAUGCAGCUUGAUGAUGAGUCAUUAACGUCACUUCAACUCAAAGCAAUCAUGCCUGGUAGUAUGUACAUAUAUACGAGCUUAAUAUACAAAAACAAUAGGAUACAAUCACUGUAUUAACUACCUUAAUCUUCAUAGGAUAUGAAAAAAUGUCCCAAAUGCACGUAUUGAUCAAUUUUUCAAUCUUUAUAUUAAGACGAAUCGGUUGGUUGUUUCACAUAUAUAUGAUAUACACUCUUUUACCGAAGAAAAAUUGUAACUUCGAAUACUCAUCAUAUAUAAACUCGAAUACAUCAACACUUAGUCACCAGGAAUCAUAUGUAGUGGAAACUUUACAAACUUCAAAGCUAGUGACUGACCUUCUAAGCCACGAAUCAUAUGUAUUGAAAUGUUGCCACGUUAAAUCUACCGACACAAAUUUCAAUCAAACAAAUUAAUUACUAAUUACCGAAACAGACAAGAGGGUAAAACUCAAACUUAAACCAUAAGAUUAAACUAAGCCAAAUAGAAGGGAGUACAUACAGUACAGAGCUAGAGAGGGGCUCGAUGAACCUGAAUCUUACCUAACAUGUGAGAUUAGGUGAGAGUACUUAAGCAUGAUGAACUGGUCAGAUUCAUGACUCUUUAUAAUUAGUCUUGAUGAUGAUUACUACUACUAAUAAUAAUAUGAUUCGAUUGUCAUGUCAACAGUAUUGUUUCUAGGUGAAGUGUGUGAAGAAUUGAUCCAUUAAUUGAUUACUACUACUUCUACAUAAAUAAAUAAAUAAAAUGUAACAUUCACAUAUGUGGUCACCAAUCAAUGAGCAAUGACCAUGUUUAUGAACUAGAACCAGUCUACCAACAGCACGUCAUGUAUGAAUUGAACUUUGAGAAUAGUGUUUAAGCCGUCCUUGGUCGUUAAAAUUACACAUUAAAUUCAUAUAUGUCACAAUUUUUUUUUUCAUUCUAAUUCAUUAAACUCGUCCUAGCUAGGACGAAAUCCAUCCUUGCUCCUAUUUAAUCAAGUGAGGAGGAGAAAAAUGCAAAGAAAUUAGGCUUACUUACACUACAUCCACAGGUAUAGCUAGAAGUUAAUUUCAGUACUAUUCUCUUACAAAUGACUUGUGGUUCGAUUUAAUAAUAAUAUACUCAAUAAUUAAUUAACCCCAAAGCUUCCAUUAGCUUCCGGAGGUCACUGUUUUACAUGUGAGGGGGUCGUUGUAAUUUUCUUAAUUUUGGCCUUUUACUUCUUCUAAGGAAAAUUCGUAUUUACAUAUAUAAAAAUAAAAAUAUUAAUUAAACUGUCUUCUUCUUUGUCGUUUGGAGGCAUUCGGGGUCAGUGUAGUGCUAAUAAGACGGCUUCUCUUGUAUUGUUUUAUUUGUAAAAGAACGUAAAAAUAAUACUCUUCCUUAACAUUACCACCUCGAUUGUGCAUUUUUUUUUUAUUACCUUGACUUAAGGAACAUAGGAACCACAGAUGCCGGUUUUCUACGAGGAGGUGAGUUUUGAAUUAUUAUUUUAAAAUGAACAUACAUAACCAUAUUUUAUUAAUCAGUUACCCCAAGAGAAUAUAUUUAGGGUCAUUGUUAGACGGUUAAACAUUUUGUAGCAGGGAAAACCGGCAUCUGUGGUAUUGAUUAAAUCAUGUAAUUUUAU